UAACAGGCCCAUGAACUGCUAUAAUAGUAGUACCUUUAAAACCCUCAAACCCUAAUUUCGCUUUUCACCAGCGGCAUACCGGAACACAUUUCACUCUUCUGUCGUCUCCGAUCUUAUUCCCUUCCUGUGUAAAAAUGUCGAUUGGAGAGACUGCUUGCUCCUACGCCCUUCUCAUCCUUGAAGAUGAUAAAAUCCCCGCAACUGCUGACAACAUCACCACCUUGUUGAAAAGUGCAAAGGUAGAAGUAGAAUCGUUUUGGCCCAGCUUAUUUGCCAAGCUUGCUGAGAAGAAAAAUAUUAGGGAUUUGAUUUCCAGUGCUGCUGGCGGUGGAGCUCCAGUCACCGUUGCCGCAGCUCCAGUUGCUGCUGCAGGUGGUGCUGCGGCUGCCGCUGCUCCAGCAGCUGAGGAGAAGAAGAAGGAAGAACCAGCAGAAGAGAGUGACGAUGACAUGGGCUUUAGCUUGUUUGAUUAGGUCCUCUAUUAAUAUAAUUUUGUCAAUUUUUGCUAGUUGCUCUUUUAGCUCUUUAAAAGAUUGUUGCAAUACAUUUUUCUUUGCUAUCUCUUGUCUCUAUUUGAGGAUUCAUAUAAGAUAAUGUUAUUUUUCUUUUUUCAACGUUUGUACUAUUCGGUGUCAUACAUAUAUUUAGCUUGUCUUAACAUACUAAUCAUAAAAUUGAGCCUGUUUUAAAA